AUGCCGUUUGGAUUUCUCCGAAACAUCAUCCCGGGCGCGAAGCGUCGGGACGUUCGGGACGGCGACGACGGCGACGCGCGCGGGACGGCGGCGGCGGGGACGACGACGAUGGGGACGGCGGCGGGGACGACGACGAUGGCGACGACGACGACGACGACGACGGCGACGACGACGGCGACGGCGGCGACGGCGGCGGCGACGACGUACGCACCGCCGAAAUCGACGCCGGCGACGAUGGCGAGCCCGACGGCGACGCGGACGCCCCCGAGCGCGCUCCCGGAUUUGCCCUCGCUCGCGCACGCGGGGUCGUGGGCGGAUUUCGACGAGACGGCGAUGGAGGAGGACGAAGAGGAGCGACGAUUGGAGGAAGAGCGGUUGUUGAAAGCGCGUGAGGCGCGAGAGGCGGCUGAGACGAAGGCGAGGGAGGAGGAGGAGGCGAGACAGAGGGCAAAGGUGGAGGCGCAGGUGCAGAGCGCGUUGGCGAUCGCGGGCGUGGACGACAUGCUCGCCGAGUUACCGAGCGAUGACGAGGAGGCGGAGGAAGCGAAGGAGCCGGUUAAGGAAGAAUCCAAGUCACAAGCGGCGAAGGAGGGCGAAAAAGUGCUCUCGAAGAAGGAAAAAGCUCGAUUGGAGGAGGAGGAGUUUGAAAACGCCCUCAAGGAGCUCGGUUUGGCGGAUGCGGUUGCCGGCGACGCGAGCGAUCCCGCCAAGGCGGAGGCGAGGCGUAAGAAGAAGAAGAAGGCGAAGGAGGCGGGUGUGAACAAGGAAGAAUCCGCCGCGCCCGAGCCCGCCGCGCCGGUCGCAGAAGAAUCGUCAGAGCCGGUUGAACUCGUCGAUCCCGCCGAGGCGCGCGCGCGACUCGCGAAGCAAGCGGCGGCGAAGAAGAAGAAAAAGCUCACCGGUUCCGCCGCCGUCGCGGCGGCGGCGCGUGAAAAGGCAGCGAAGAAGAAGGGUUCGUCGAAAGAUAAGUCCAAGUUCAACGAGCUCGGCUGA